CUUCAGUGAAUCUAAAACCUCAGACAUGGACGACCCUCGACAAAAUGGCUCCACACACACUCUAUCAACAACACUCCGGCUAUGGUGACAUCAAGGAUUCAUAUCGAUGAGUGGGGUCGCUUCGAUGUUCAGCUCAGUCAAUCUCGGAUAGGCCUACCAUUAAGCCUUUGCGUUUUCCUAGGCUAUUUGUGGCAUUUCUACGCACGGUCGAAUCGAUCGAAUAGCCGUUGAAAUGAUGGAAAAACUGAAACCAGAACUUGGGCAUCUCAGUCCUAUGGUCAAGGAGUGCAAGUCCCCACUGCACGACAGCCUGACUACUUCCAUAGCAGGUCGUGUCAGUGGGGAGGGGGACGAGGCUGUUGGUGAGACACAGGAAAACACGACGGCAGCGUCGGAAGACUCAGCUGAGAGGAAGCGUGUCCCCAGGGAGCACUGCAACCCGACUAUAUUCAUUAAUGGCGUUGCCAAGGAAACGGCGUACCACAGCGAGCUAAAAAAGUUAGUGCCGGUUAUCGAAUUGGCCAGGGGAGGAGGGCCCGUGGAUAUAAAAGCUCGGGAGCAGACGGCAGACAUUAACCACAAGGGACAGACCACGGAGCUGUGCAGACAGCCGAUACCCCUGCCACUGGCUCCCCUGGACCCGUUGUUGAGCGAAACUCGAAUGGUGCAGUUGAGCCCGCUCGCCUUUCCUCUCCCUGCACGAGCGAUGCUGUACAGUAACUUUGCUCAACCGCUCGCCACCAUGAACAGUGGCUACGGUGGCGAGACUGAGCAGUAUGCCAUGUACCCCAGCCAUCGGAUCAAACGAGGACCUGGGCCUUAUGAGAUUGAAAUCAAGGAUGAUAAUGGCUCGCAGCCCAAAAUUGUGCGGCGGAUCUUCACCAACAGCCGUGAGCGUUGGCGCCAGCAGAACGUGAACGGCGCCUUCGCUGACCUCCGCCAGCUCAUCCCCACCCACCCGCCCGACAAGAAGCUCUCCAAGAACGAGAUCCUCCGACUGGCCAUGAAGUACAUCAACUUCCUGGCCAAGCUACUGGACGACCAGGAAGGUGUGGUGGGAGGCGGCGACGGCAGCGGUGUUGAGGGGGCCUGGGCCCGCGAGGGCUGUGAGGAGAGCCUGGUCCGGGAGGAGCUCCUCCAGGGCAUGCUGUCGUCAGGCAACUCGAGCUGCGGGAGUCUUCUGGGCGGGGACGGGAGUCCCGACAGCUACACCGAGGACCAGGACUCGUCUGUCGAGUCUCGAACGCCAACCUCCAGGGGUCUCCAUCCUCACUCUGGACUCCAUAUGGACGAACGCAACCACAGAUGACUCAGCGUUUUCCCUAUGUGGAGAAGAAAAUAGACAUUGUGAGAAGCAGGAGGUUGGCGAUUUGGAGCAAAUUUCCACCUGGGUAGAGUGGAUGGGGGCCAAUAGGAUGUUUCCAAUGGUGAUGCAUUUGUGUUGUGUACAGAUUUGCUCUUUCUCUUCUUCCUGUUUCCCUCAAUGGCUCUGUCUGUUAUUGGCCAAUCCAGAGGAGGGUGUGUUCUCUGGUGGAACACAAGGCUUUGUCCCAGCUGCUGUUGUAAGCAGGUGAUGGAUUUGGGAGUCAUGAUAGAACAAACUAUUGAAAAACAGUGAAGGUGUUUCGGAAAAAGGCAUGAAAUCGCAAAAUGGUACCUUUUCUUGUCUAAGGUGAAAGUUUGUUUAGGUACGCUGCUUGACUCUUUAAACAAGAAUGAUAACUGUGUUCUUAAGUACUACAGACCACUAAAUGUAAGUGAUUUGUUUUAAUCUUAGAGCCCUCUAAAGUUCUUUUGAGUUAUUUUAGUACCUAAAAUUUGGGGUUAUCAAAUAAUUAUGUUCAGACCUGAAGUCCAGAAAUUGUUUUGUUGAAGAUCACCUCAUUAGUUGUUGGAUGACACAGUUAAUCCCCAAACACAAAUAGUUAUUCAGUGAGAUAACUGAUAAUCGGUCAAGAUAAAAAAAAGUGUGAGA